AUGACGACGACAUCGACAACAUCAUCAACUACACUUCCAUCAAUUGAUCCACAAUUAUUAAAACUUCUUGCACGUCAUCAUCCACAUUUACAACAACAGCAACCAACUGCUAAAGAAUUUCUUCAACAUGCAUUUUAUUAUAAUCAUCCACCACCAAAUACAGUAGCAACAAAUUUACCAAGACAUCUUCUUGGUAAUGGAUUAUCAAAAUUAAAUACAGAAAAUUCUAUAUCAAAUCUUAAAUUAUCAACUUUAAAUGGAAAAAUUGAUUCACAGCAAAUAUCAAAUGAUUCUCAAAUAAAAAAAUCAACAAAAGAACCAACAACAUUUGAUCAAUGGCUACAACCACCACUUGGAUCUAUGAUUCAGGGACCACCAUGUUUACAAGCUGAUACAUCAAUUGGAGGCUCGAAAAGCGAAACAAUUUUAUCAUCAGGCGAACGUAUUACAUGUUUUUUUGUUGGUGGUGAAAAACGUUUAUGUUUACCGGAAAUUCUUAAUACAGUCUUAAAAGAUUUCUCCUUACAAGAAAUCAAUGCUGCAUGUGAACGUUUACAUAUAUAUUGUUCACGUUGUACAAAUGAACAACUUGAUAUUCUUAAAAUGAUGCAAGUUUUACCAUUGAAUGCUCCAUCAUGUGGUUUAAUAACUCAAACAGAUGCUGAACGUCUUUGUGCAAAUUUAUUACAAUUACGUUAUAAAGGACAAUUGCGAUCAGUUAAUUCAUUAGGAUUAAAUCAAUAUGAACGUUUAUAUUCAAUAAAAGUUCAACAUAAAUGUUUUGGUAAAUGUUCAGGAACAUUAUAUCCAACAUUAUAUGUUGCACCACACGCAGAAUGUAUACAAUGUGAUACAUGUCAAGCUUUGUUUUCACCUAAAACAUUUGUUUCACAUGGACAUAAAUCAGAAGAAAAUCGUAUUUGUCAUUGGGGAUUUAAUUCUGAUAAUUGGCGAGCUUACUUAAAAAUACGCUCAACUGAAGACAAUAAAGCACGAGAAGAAUUAGAAUUAUUUAAAGAGAAAUUUUUAAAUAAUAAUAAUAAUAACAAUCAAAAGAAAAGAUUACCUCAACAAAUGGAUUGUUUAAUACCAGCAGAAAAACGAGUAAAAACAAUCGCUUCAUCAUCCGAUUGUUGGUCAACGGAUACUCUUUAUCCAUAUCCACAAACAGCAUUUUCAUCCGUGAAAAAAGAUAAUCAUCUAGGAGAUUAUCCAUUUAGUGCUGGUUUACCUCGUCCAGCUUUAAUUCCUUCCACAUUCCCAUCCGAAUCAACAACAACAAAUCGACCGUCACCUUUACGUGUUGUUCGUUCAAAUUCUCCUGCAUCAACCGAUCCGACAAAUUCAUCCAUUACAAAUUUUAAUGAUUAUUCACCAGAUGGUAUUCGACAAAUAGUUGAAGCAACUGUCACAUCUUCACGAGGUCGUACUCAAUUAUUAACAUAUAUUUCUCAAUUACAAUUAGCUGCUUAUGCACAUUCAUCUAAAAAUAAUUCUAUUGCUAAUGAAAAUCAACAAAAUGAAACAGUUUUAUUACGACGUGAAAAUGAAAUACUUCGUGAACGUAUAUCAAAAUUAGAAGCAACACAAGUAUCAUCGAAUUCUAGUACAAUUAGUAAAAUAUCUUCAAAUGAUCAUAAUCAUCAACAAGAUAGUACUAUUGGUGAUUUAGAUGAUUUAGAAUCAAAUAUUUCAUCGAAUAGUACAUCAUCUUUAAUUGCACAUGAAACAGUAGGAAAUGAUCAACGGAAAUAUUUUGAUCGUAAACGUCGUUUAUUAGCUGCUGAACAACAAAUAUCAAUACCUGAAACAGAAAUUUUAUUAACAAAAAAAUCUAUUUCAUUCAAAAAAGCUUGUCUAGAUGAAAUUGUCGAUUCAUUAAAUCAAAAAGCUCAAGCUGAACGAGAAGAAAAUAAUGAUGAUGAUGAAGAAAUAAUUAAAACAACAAAAAAUACUUUAACAUCACCAUCAACAACAAUAGAAAGAGAGGAGGAGGAUGAUGAAGAAGAUAUUGAUAUUGAUGAUGGAAAAGUUGUAGAAAAUGAUCAUUAA